AUGGCCGACUCUAGUUGUUUGUCUGCAUUAGAUAUUGAUGAACUGAUUCACCGUUUUGAUCAGUCCGAUGUUGUUCAAGCACUGAUACUAAUGGGUAGUUAUGCACGAAAUGAAGCAGGUCCAUGCAGUGAUAUUGAUUUAGUACGUUUUGUUGUCAAGGGAGCAAAGCUUUCGAAUGAUGGGACACAUCUAUUUCAAAAUCGGACGUUGAUUACACUUUGCACAGUUGACGAGAAUGAUUAUGAACAAUGGUUUACCGAUCCCUAUGAAGCGACCAAGUGGAUUGCUGGCUUACGGAUAGCUCGUGCGCUUGUAAACCGUAAUGGUUUCUUCACUAAUGGUUUACAAACACGUGCUCAUGAUUUUGUCUGGAGUGACGAAAUGCAAUCUCGAGCAAAUGUUGAAGCUAGCCGUCGAAUGGUGGGCUGGUGUGAAGAAGCUAACAAAGGUUUGGAAGGUCUCCGUCGUUCAAAUGAUAACGGUCGUUUACUCAACGCUUGCCAUGGAUUAUCGUGGGGUUUAUCAGAAGUUAUUCAAAUUCACCGUGGGAUCUUAGUAUCGAGUGAUAAUAACGCUUUUAAUGAAAUAGAAUUGGCGUUAGGUGAUAAUGAACGCAUGAUCGACCUUCGUCGAGUGACAUUUGGGAUUACAGGUAUAAAAACGUUACGUCAACGUGUCCUAGCUGGCUUACAAUUCUUUGUUUUACUCGCUGAACAGAUGUUUGAUGUUUGGCAAGGAACUGAUCGUGAAAUAAUUCAACAUACUGUUGAGAAAAUACAUCAUUAUCACCUGAACACAUCUGUUUGA